AUUAUAUCUUUUACCUUUUUUCUCACACAUUCCUAUAUACUGACUUUCUCUUCUUCCUGUUUUGGACAAUUCACAAAAGCAACAAAUACAAAAUCUCCUUAAAGUUGGUCCCUUUUUUCUUCGUUGAAAAUGAUUAAUUGAAGUGGGGUCUGUGAUUAAUCAAGAACCUUAAUGCACAAUACCUACUUCAGGUUGCUUCAAGAACUUGUUGUAUACAUCAAAGAUUUGGGGUUUUGCAGUUUGCACCGCUAAUUUAGUGAGGUGUUCAACUUAGAGAGAGAAAGAAAAGUAGUGGAGAGAGAAAGUUAUGGCAGCAAAGUCUGAUGAACCAGCGCCACAUCCACCAAAAGAUCAGCUUCCUAAUGUUUCUUACUGCAUUACUAGUCCUCCUCCAUGGCCUGAGGCAAUCCUUCUUGGAUUUCAGCAUUAUCUGGUUAUGCUUGGUACCGCAGUUAUCAUUACUACAGCUCUGGUUCCCCAGAUGGGAGGAGGAAAUGAGGAGAAAGCCAAAGUUAUUCAGACAGUGCUAUUUGUUGCUGGGCUGAACACCUUGUUGCAAUCUUACUUUGGAACUAGACUACCAGCUGUGAUCGGAGCGUCUUAUACCUUUGUUGCACCUACAAUUUCGAUUAUCCUUUCGGGACGAUGGAGUGACCCAGACCCUGAGUCGCGAUUUAAGAAGAUAAUGAGGGCCACCCAGGGUGCACUUAUUGUUGCUUCGACAAUUCAGAUUGUCUUAGGUUUCAGUGGUCUCUGGCGCAAUGUUGUGAGGUUUCUGAGCCCACUUUCAGCUGUUCCUUUAGUUGCUCUUGUCGGCUUCGGGCUCUAUGAGUUUGGUUUUCCAGGGGUUGCCAAAUGUGUUGAAAUUGGGUUGCCAGAGCUGGUCCUUUUGGUCAUUUUCUCUCAAUAUUUGGCUCAUCUGAUACGCCCGGGGAAGCAUAUAUUUGAUCGUUUUGCUGUUCUUUUCACCGUUGCAAUUGUAUGGAUUUACGCCCACUUACUUACAGUGGGUGGGGCUUACAAUGGAGCUGCACCAAUUACCCAAGCAAGCUGCAGAACUGAUCGUGCUGGACUCAUUGAUGGUGCCCCAUGGAUUAGAGUUCCAUACCCCUUCCAAUGGGGUGCACCUUCAUUUGAUGCUGGUGAAGCAUUUGCUAUGAUGAUGGCUGCAUUUGUUGCUCUUGUUGAGUCCACUGGUGCCUUUAUUGCAACUACGAGAUAUGCAAGUGCUACUCCAUUGCCACCAUCUGUACUCAGCAGAGGUGUAGGCUGGCAGGGAAUUGGCAUUUUGCUGUCUGGCUUGUUUGGCACUGGGAAUGGAUCUUCUGUAUCUGUUGAAAAUGUGGGGCUUUUAGCACUGACGCGUGUUGGUAGCAGAAGAGUAGUUCAGAUAGCUGCUGGAUUUAUGAUUUUCUUUUCAAUUCUUGGAAAAUUUGGAGCAGUCUUUGCUUCAAUACCAACAUCGAUUGUAGGUGCUUUGUAUUGCAUUUUAUUCGCUUAUGUGGGCGUAGGUGGCUUAAGCUUCCUUCAGUUUUGCAAUCUGAACAGUUUCCGUAGCAAGUUCAUACUAGGCUUCUCCAUCUUUCUGGGUUUGUCAAUUCCGCAGUACUUCAAUGAACACACAGUUAUUGAGGGUUAUGGACCUGUUCACACGAGUGGACGAUGGUUCAACGAUAUGGUUAACGUGCCAUUCUCAUCGGAAGCUUUUGUUGCGGGUAUCCUGGCUUAUUUCUUGGACAACACAAUGCACAAAAGGGAUGGUCAGGUAAGGAAAGACAGAGGCAAGCCAUGGUGGGACAAGUUCAAGUCUUUCAAGACGGACACGAGAAGUGAGGAAUUCUAUUCCCUCCCAUUCAAUCUCAACAAGUAUUUCCCAUCCGUGUGAUCGCCCCGUCCUUUAUCAUGGAGAUAGAAGGGUCAUAUACUCAUAUGCGAUAUCAUCACUAGCCCUUCAGAGCUGUGUAUUGGUGCGCAUCAGUGCAGUGCCACCAAUUUGCUUUUAUAUUUACUGGCUACUUCCCAAAGGUAUAAUCAAAUAGUCUUGACAUUUGUUAAUUGUUGUCUUUGUUGUAAAUCCAAGGUUAUAUGUACUAUGAAUAGUAAUAGAAUAAGCUUUGCUUCUUUCAAAUUGUAUGGUGAUUUCAGUAGGAAUAAGCCUGUUCGAUAUGAGUAGUAUCAAGCAGAUUUUGUUAUAGUAUUUUUACUGAUGCGGAA